AUGCAGAUUACUUCCGUCAUCGUCCUGGCCGCUUUCACCAUUCCAAGUGUCUACGGCCAUGGAGUUAUCACCGAGGUCCAAGGCGCUAACGGUGUCGUCAUGCCAGGCAUUACAGUAAUCGACGGCACUCCACGUGACUGCUCCAGCGCACUUUGCGGCGCACAGGCUGAUACGGCUAUCACCCGCAACAUCGAGCUUGGGACGAGCAUGGCCUCUGCACUUGGCCGCACGUCAGGUAGCGGACCAGUUAAUGCCGCCGCCGCCGUCGCCAACUUCAUGGGUGGCGCCAAGAACAUCGCGGCUCGCGACGCGCACAUGUCCAAGCGCAUCGAUUUCUCCAGUUUCCUCGGUGGAGCUGGCGGGGGUGCAACCGGCACUGGUGUCAAGACUGUGAAGGGCACAUCGGAAUCCGGUGUUGCGGCGGCAGCUGGGUCGGGCGCCAAGUCCGGUCUCCCCACCACCGCCGACGAUGGAACCCUCACAAUGACCUUCCAUCAAGUGAACCAGGACGGCGCGGGCCCUCUUACCGCAGCCGUUGAUGGAACCUCCGGCGGCACCGACCCUGCGGCCUUCAAGAGCGCGCAGGUAGUCCAGAACGUGCCCGGCACCAUUGCAGGGCUCAGCACGGCAACCAGCACCGACUUCCCCGUCAAGAUCCAAAUGCCAGCCGGCAUGGUGUGCUCGGCGACCGUGGCGGGUGUCAACAAUGUUUGCGUCGCGAAAUUACAGAACUCGGCGCUGGCUGGGCCAUUUGGCGGUUCGGUGGCGUUCACGCAGAGCUCGACGGCGAAGAAGCGCGCGGUCGAGUUUAACUUCCGCGCGCGCCGAUUUGCGCGCGCUCUUAGGGAUUAG